CCGGCUCCUGCUCUCCCAUAGAACCCCCCGUGCGUCCUCUUGGCCGCCCGCCGCGCCAGCGCCGCCACGAACCUCAAGGAUGUCCUGGCCUCCAUGAUCCCCAAGGAGCAGGCGAAGAUCAAGAGCUUCAAGCAGCAGCACGGCAGCACGGCCAUCGGCCAGAUCACGGUGGAUAUGGUGUACGGCGGGAUGAGGGGCAUGAAGGGGCUGAUCUACGAGACCUCGGUGCUGGAUCCCGAUGAGGGCAUCCGCUUCCGCGGGUACAGCAUCCCCGAGUGCCAGAAGCUGCUGCCCAAAGCCGCGGGGGGCGAGGAGCCGCUGCCAGAGGGGCUCUUCUGGCUGCUGGUGACCGGGGAGAUACCACGCAGGAGCAGGUACCGCCACGGGGACACCGCGGGCACCGGCGAUGCCGGCACCGGCACCGCCGGCUCAGCCCCGCGUCCCCGUUGCAGGUGA